AUGGUUGAGGGAAACUGCACUGCUGUGACACACUUCAUUCUCCUAGGGCUUUCAGAUGUCCCUGAGUUGAGCGUUCUUCUCUCUUUGGUGUUUCUUCUCAUUUAUGGUGUCACUGUCUUGGCCAACCUGGGCAUGACUGCCCUAAUUCGGGUCAGUUCUCAACUUCACACACCCAUGUACUUUUUCCUCAGUCAUCUGUCCUUUGUAGAUUUUUGCUACUCUUCCAUUAUUGUACCUAAAAUGCUGGCUAACAUCUUCAAUAAGGACAAAGCCAUAUCAUUCCUGGCAUGUAUGAUCCAAUUCUAUUUGUUUUGCACCUGUGUGAUCACUGAAAUUUUCAUGUUGACUCUUAUGGCUUAUGACUGCUUUGUGGCCAUUUGUAACCCACUACUGUACAUGGUCAUCAUGUCCCCAAAGGUCUGCAUGGUAUUGGCAUCUGGCUGCUACCUCUGUGCAUCAGUGUGUUCUCUGAUUCAUUUGUGCUUAGCCCUUGAGAUCCCAUCAUUUAAGUCAAAUGUGAUCAACCACUUCUUCUGUGAUAUACCUCCUCUCUUAAGUCUUGCCUGCAGUGAUGUCACUGUCAAUAAGGUGGUGCUGUUUGUUUUAGCCACCUUCAAUGAGAGCUUGAGUAUUGUGAUCAUCCUCACCUCCUACUUGUUUAUCCUCAUCACCAUCCUGAGAAUGCGCUCUGCAGAGGGGAGACGCAAAGCCUUUUCUACCUGUGCCUCCCAUCUCACUGCCAUCACUGUCUUCCAUGGAACAAUUCUUUCCAUUUAUUGUUCUUCCACAUCAGAAAACACUGGAGAUGCUGACAAAGUGGCCACGGUGUUCUACACUGUAGUGAUUCCCAUGCUGAACCCCUUGAUCUACAGUCUCAGAAACAAGGACGUGAAGGGUGCUCUCAGGAAAUUGGUGAACUCUAAGAUAUAUGCCUAA